AUGUCUGACGAGGGCAGCGCUGCGGCCGCGGCGGACAGCACGCCAGUGGUGCGCCAGGUUGCCGUUCGCGGCGUCGAGAUGGUCAAGCAACCAAAGCCACACGUCGUGUACAAGAUUGAGGUGUUUACGCAAGCAAACCACUGGACUGUGUCGCGGCGAUACACAGAGUUCCAUCAGCUAUACACUGAGCUGGCACAAUCGAUCACAUUCCCAGCCAACAUAUUCCCUCCAAAGCGCGUCAUCAAGUCCAUGGCACCAGAGUUUAUCGAACUUCGGCGAGUGGCACUGCAGGAAUUUCUCCACGAGGUGGUCCUGGGCAAGUACAAGCAGGCGGCCUCCAAAUCGAAGGCGUUGCAAGCCUUCUUGGAGCUGGAUUCGCAGCUCAAUCACUGCUCCAUCAGCAACGUCGAGGGCAUCGGCGCCAUCCAUCUUCAGCUGACAGAGUUGCGAGCACACAAUUGUAUCCGCCAAUUGCAAGAUGUGCUGGUGGAAGCUGUUGUGCAGCAUGCCCCUGAAGAUGCUCAACUAGAGUACCACAUCCUCCCAUGGGCUCAGAUUGUGACUGCAGACUUUAGCAACAAUGGCUUGCCCAUGAUUGAUGAAUCGGUGAUGCUGUUGCCAAACGUUGUGAAAUUGGACUUGAGCUACAACGCUCUGGAAACGGUCGACCACUUGCAGAGACUCGAACGUCUGUACUCGCUCCAGCACCUCGAUCUUUCGCACAACUUGAUUGCAGACGUGCACGAAACAACGCGCCUCGGAUCAAUGCCGUGUCUCGAAUCGCUCAAGUUGAUUGGAAACCCCAUGGUUGGCGCAAGCGCCAUUGCCAUCAACUCGGUGGCGGCUUCAGGCGGAGAAGGCAUCUCCACCUCGACCAAAAAGUGGUCGCAUUCCAAGUAUCGAAUUUACGUCCUUUCGCGCUUUGGCGACCGAUUUCGUGAAGUUGUUCUGGAUGAUGUGAUCGCCACGCCCGCAGAACAGAAAAAGGUACAAAAGCUGUUGGCCAAGCAACAUGCAGAGCGCGCUGUUGCUGCAGUGGGUGCUUCGACCGACCAAUCCGAUUCUCCUGCGAGACAACGGUCAUCAAGUGAAAUGGCUGGCAGCAGGCCGGCGAGAUUGUCGGUGGGGCGUGUCUUGUUCGAGGCUCCUGCGCCAACCCGGGACUUGUCGCGAUCUCCGCCUGCUCGAGACAUCGAUCCGCGAAUCUCACUGUCGAGUAUUGAGGACGAGCUUCUCGCCUUUUCUGUCACGGAUGCUGCAAAGAAGAAUGCAUCUGGGAAGGGCAAGCGGCCACGCUCUGUGAAGAUUGGAGAGACGGUGACGGCUCGAAAAUCAACGCCGUUUGCAGGGGACGUUCCAGACCGAUCGGCAGACAUCACUGCAUCUUUCAUCCCCAAGGCGCAUGCCGCGCCUGUUAGCUCUAUGAGUGCUGAUUUCCGAAAGCAAGUCGAGAAUGUCAGCAAGGAAGGAGGCACAGCCAUGUCUGAGUUUCUCACAGAUCUGCUGGGUGUGGACGAGAAGCCGCCGUCGCCGAAUUCGUCCUCGCCAACAAUGUACCCCGUUCGCACAGACAAUGCCCAGUUUGUGUCGCAGCUGACAGCAGCGCCAUCUGCAGCCCAACCUCAGCAGGAUGUUCUCACGCUGGAUUACUUGGCGCGCAUCAAAGGGUUUGUCGACGACGACAAGGCCAAGAAGCCCAAGAAGGACAAGCCGCGCAAAAUCGGAAGUCCCGCCAAGCGAAAGUCCGGCGACGUCAGCCAGCUCAUUGCCAAUACCACCACCUCGCAGUCUCCUGUGGCAGCAGCUUCUCCCGCAGCCCCACUCUUGCUUCUACCCAAGCUCAUUCGUGAUGUCAAAGCCUCGCAUAGCGCCAGUUCAUCACCACCAUCGACCACGCUGAUGGUGUCGGUGAUUGAACGAACGCUUCAGGAUGGCGACACGGCAUCUUCUUCGACGCCUCCUCCGGCGCCAGUGUCUUGCGUUCUCAGCAUCGACGUGGCCAAGCGCAACAUGUUGGAGAUUGACAUGAGCACGGCGCGCCCGCGGGCAAAGCGAGACCUGAAUUGUCUGAUCUCAAUGGCGACUGGAGACGAGUCGGCUGAGCGCCCGACUAUUACUCUCACCAUCCGCAUCCCAGGCGAUGAUUCAAGCGCCUCGUCGGGCGCGUUGGAGGUGACGUAUUCGCUCGACAGCUUACAGCAAGUCGCAGAGCUCUACGUCCUUCUCGAGCCCUUUAUUGUUCAAAAACCGGACGCCAGCCUGAAGGCGGAUGCUGCUGAUUCGCUGGCCAACAACGUUCAAAGCGAAACGACGAGCGCGACUGGUAAUGGAGCCUCGGCAGUGAUUCCAAGUGAAGCUGGUCCAGCCACAACCACCUCCACCAGCAACAGCGACAGCCCCAUUCCCCCUCCCGAGAAGACGAUCGAAGAGCAGCAGGCCGCGCUCGCGGAGGCCCAGAUUGCCACGCAUGCUGCUCACCUUGCUCGGUUGCAACCUGUAGUCAUCAAGUUUCUGCGCAAGGCUGGCGCAUUUGCCGAAACCGACAAGCUGGUCCACUUGCUCGAGACGCGCUAUGUUCAGUAUGGCGGCUGGGGCGGUUCGUAUCUGCUCAGUGUCGGCGAGAGCUCUAGUGCAUUUGCAGAGCAUCGUGUUUUGCUGGCUUUGACGUCUUCCGCCUUGUUUGCGCUCGAAGAAGCGUCAACCACUUCCGUGCAUGCCGCUGAAGGCGGAGCACAGGCGAUGGGGCUACCCGCGCCGCCGGCGAACAUCCAUCUUGGCUCGUAUGCGCCCUUCCGCACCAGUACACGCUUGACAGUUGCGGCGGCCUUCCCACUGCAGUCUGUCCGUGCCGUGCUCGUCGGCCUGUUCGACCAGAUGUUCCGCGUCGAGUUUUCCCAGCGAGAAUCCUUUGUCUUCUUGACGCGCGACUUUUCAUUGACGCAUCAGUUCUUGAACUCGCUCGCAUCAGCCAUCAAGGAGCGCCAACGCGCACUGAUUGAGCAAAAGCAGCAGCAAGCAGCCAAAACUUCUGUGAAUGCUGCCAAAGAGGAUCCGUCGCUCGCGGCAUAUUCCUACACAUCCAUCUACAACCAAAAGACUGCGGACGAGCUGGAGCGAGAGCAGGGCGGAGACAACAUUUACAGGCAGGCGAUCGAUGACAGUGACACUGAAUUUGUCUAUCCUGAUACGACGGCACUCGACACACUGCGCUUCCGCCUGUGCGAGCAAAACAUGGACUUGGAGCUGCCCGACGAGUUCAACCCCAUCAACUACACCAUGGCGUAUCAGGUCAUUCCCGCGCACUCGGCCAACGAAGAGGCCAUCUUGCUGCCUCGAACCUUGGUGCUCUCCAACCGUUGUGCGUACCUUGUGCAGGAAGAUUAUGGCCGCUGGCCUUUGCCCAGCUUUGUGACUCUGGUGCCCGACUCGCCGCAGUACAUGGUCUUGUCGGUGCAUCCAAUCGGUGCUGCUGUGGCUAUCGAGCUCUCCCAGUCCGAUCCACGGCACGUUGCCAUCUGCUUUGACCCGUCCAUUCGGUUGAGGUGGAAUAGCUCACUCUCUUCGUCGCAAAGCCUGCCGGCGCGGUUCUCGAUGGGUCCAGUGCGCGAUAGCGCAGACAUCUUACCCGUCGGUGGUGGCGAGACCUGGACUUUGCGGCUGUGCACCAUGGCCGAGCGUGACAACUUUAUCAAAGUGUUCCGGCGUCUUUGGGCGGACACGUUCCAGGAAGAGCUGAUUGUGACCUGGGCCAAGUGA